AUGGGAGAGCAACGUCAGUUUAGAUCACGUUCUUGGAAUAGAAUGCCAGCCAAAAGAUGCAGUGCAAACGGCAUAAUGAACGAGUUUAUCGUUGUGGAUGAUGAUGAGGUUAUCAUUCUUGAUACUCCCGAGUCAUCGAAAUCCAAAGCCCCAGGGACAUCAAGAACCAGGAAUGAGCCCGUUUUGCCGAGAGUGAUUAGCCUUGACGAUGAAGAUGAUGAUGAUGCUGCUGAUGAUACAGAGAAUGUUCCCAAAGCCGGGAGUGGUUCAAGCUGUAACCCUCUUGCUGCUAACUUGCAAACAUCUGCUGAAGUGGAUAAUGACGAUUGCCAAUUCAUUCAAGAAAAGCGUGCUACUUUUAGAUUUACAAAAUGCAAGCAUACUCACUCUACAAAGUCCUCUACUGGAAUUCGAUUUGGUUUAGGUUCUGAAUCAGAUAGUGAUGUUUCAGAGAGCGACUGUUCUGAUUGUGAGAUUUUGGAUGGUUCUCAGAGAGAGGUCCGCGAGCAGUGGGAGAAAGCUUUCUUUGAGAAAAUGAAGAAAGCAGGUAAAGCUGGUCUGAGUGAAGAGGCUGGUCCUUCAAAUCUCCACUGUGACACUGAUUUUGAAAGUAGAACUGAAGAACAAGAUCAAGCAUCUUCCUUCUUUGCUGCAAGAAAUCCAGAUGGUGGAAAAGAAACCUCUUCAACUUUAUUUGGAACCGAGAAAUCAGGUAAAGCUGGUCUGAGUGAGGAAGGUCCUUCAGAUCUCCACCGUGACACUAAUCUCGAGCCUGGUUUUGAAAGCAGAGCUGAACAGCAAGAUCAAACGUCUUUCGUCUUUGCUGCAAGAAAUCCAGAUGGUGGAAAAGAAACCUCUUCAACUUUCUACCAAGCCGAGAAACCAGGUAAAGCUGAUCUGAGCGAGGAGGCUGGUCCUUCAGUUCUCCACUGUGACACUAAUUUCGGGCCUGGUUUUGAAAGUAGAACUGAACAUCAUGCUCAAACGUCUUACUUUGUUCCGGCAAGAAAUCCAGAUGGUGGAGAACAAACCUCUUCGACUCUCUUUGGAACUGAUGAUAGAAAUGCUAGUGCGUCUUUAUUUGGUUCGCAAAUGGAGGAAGACAACCGAGCUAAAAACUUUAUUAAUUCCAGGUUUUCAUCUAAAGAGAAGUUUCCGUGGUUUUCGUCACAGUCACCUGAAAUACAAGUUGAACGUGAAAGGUCUGAUCAAUCAUCAGCUCAUUGUACUUCGUCAAAGGAACCGAUGCAUCAAAAUAGUUUCAAAGAAGUUGAGGAACAGCUAGACACAGUGCAAGUUCAGUGUAAAACUUCGCAAUUGCCCAAAGAGAAUCAAAUGAAAAGGGUGCCCAAAGAGAAACAAAAGAAAAAAUCGCCUAAAGAGAAUCAAAAGAGGAAGGCUGCAGAUCAGUCUUAUUCCAAGGAAGUUGUAGAAGAAGAAGUUGCCUCAAAAUCUUCUCAGCCACAACCCUCUGAUGGGGAUGGAGAUACAACGCAUGUGCUUGGCACCCAAAGUAAUGGAGCCAGGUGUGAGCAUGGGAACUCGAGUUUAGGUGAUUCAAGUGAACCAAUCACUGAUCCCAUCCCAUCUACUAGUGGACAAGUGCAAGGUCUUAAUGGUACAGCUCCUGCGAUCGAUGUCAUGCUUAACAGAGAAAUGCUGAAGGAGACAGAUGAAUACAAGAAAGCACAAGAAGAAGAAUGGGAAUCCAGGCAACAGCAGUUACAGCUCCAGGCAGAAGAAGCUCAGAGGCAACGUAAGAGGAUAAAGUUAGCAAACACGCGACAGUUGGAGAUGGAAAGAAGGCAAAAGGAGAGGGUAGAGGAAGUGAGAGAGACACAGAAGAAGGAUGAAGAAAGCAUGAACAUGAAGGAGAAAGUCCGUGCAGAAAUAACCAAAUCGCUUAGAGUUCUUGAACUCAAAUGCAAUAACUUGGCAUCGUUGCUUCGAGGCUUAGGGAUUCCUGUUGGUGGUGGAACAUCUCCUCUACCACAUGAG